GGAAAAAGGAAAAAGGGAUAAAAUAAAAUAAACAUACCCCAAAUUAAAAGCAAAAAUCUAUCCAAAAAACAUUCCAAUUUGAUUUCAUUUGUGUUCUCCUUCUCCCUUCAAUGGUUCGCACAAGAAAGCUCAGCGGCCUUAUCGGACUCAUCAAAGACAAGGCCUCUCAGAGCAAAGCCGCGCUAAUCGCCAAGCCCAACAUUCUCUCCUUCCAACUCGCCCUCCUACGCGCCACCACCCACGACCCCUACGCGCCGCCCCACGACAAGCACCUCGCCGCCCUUCUCUCCCUCGGCAAAACCUCACGCGCCACCGCCGCCGCCGCCAUCGAAGUCCUCAUGGACCGCCUCCAGAGCACCCACAACUCCGCCGUCGCCCUCAAGUGCCUCCUCGCCGUCCACCACAUCCUCAAACACGGCGGCUUCAUUCUCCAAGACCAGCUCUCUGUUUUCCCCUUCACCGGCGGCAGAAAUUAUCUCAAACUCUCCGAUUUCCGGGACAAUUCCAGCCCGAUUUCUUGGGAGCUUUCCUCUUGGGUCCGCUGGUACGCCCAAUACAUCGAAACCGUCUUGUCCACCUCCCGAAUUUUGGGCUUUUUCGUUGCCUCUUCCUCUUCAAUUGAGGAGAGGGAGAAAAAAUCAGAGCAGAUUUCCGCCGUUUUCAACUCCGAUUUGCUCAGAGACACCGAAUCUUUGGUGGGUUUAAUCGAAGAAACCACCAAGAAGCCUCAUUCUUUGCAUCUCAACGCCAACAAAUUGGUGGACCGGAUUCUCGGAUUUGUCGCCGACGAUUACUUGUCGGCUAUGAAGGAAAUUUCCGUCCGAGUUACUGAGUUCCACCAGCGCUUGAGUUGCCUGAGUUUCGGCGAAUCGGUCGAGUUGGUUUGCGUCUUGAAACGCCUCGAGGAUUGUAAAGAGAAGCAAUCGUUGGGUAUUUCUGCAAAAUAUGAGAUUUUGAUGGAUGGGUUCUGGGGCUUGAUUUGGGAAACCAAGAACUUGAUUGGGGAGACCAAGGAAAAUCGAGACGGCACCGGCGCCGGCGGUAAAUUGAUCAUGACCACGGCCAGGAUGAGCGACUCGGGCCGGUUUAUGGAGCGAGCUAAUAUUUACCGCGACUCGAUCCGGUUCGGUUCGGAGAGGUUCGAUUUUCAACUGCAAACGGAUUCCGGUCGUGGGCAUAACGGAACCGUAUUUAAUUAAAUGAUUGUAUCGUGCCUAAUAGAGACAGCGUUUUUGGUAAUCUAUUACUAUUUUUGUAGAUAA